AGAAACAAAUGUGAAACUGAUCUGAUUUGUAAACAACUCUGUUUGGUUUCUUCGCCUAAACGUUUCUUUCAGUGCAGAAAUUAAUGCUGCAUUUUAGGACCGCAAGCAAACAAAUACACUGAGUCAUGGCUUCCUACAGCAGUCUCCUGUCUGAAGAUCAGCUGCUGUGUUCCAUCUGUCUGGAUGUGUUCACUGAUCCAGUCACCACUCCAUGUGGACACAACUUCUGUAACAGCUGCCUUACACAGUACUGGGACAAGAGUCAACACUGUCACUGUCCAUUAUGUAAAGAGAAAUUCACCAAGAGACCUGAACUGAAGAUUAAUACAACACUGAGAGAUGUUGCAGAUCACUUCAAGAAGAAAAGUGGUUCUGACAAACCUGAGGUUCUGUGUGAUGCCUGCAGUGGAGAGAAGCUGAAGGCCCUGAAAUCCUGUCUGGAUUGUGGUGCUAGUUUGUGUAAAACCCAUUUAGAAUUUCAUAAUAAUAUACCCAAACAUAAGAAGCACAAACUAAUAAACCCUGUGGAGAAUCUGGAGGACUACAUAUGCCAGAAACAUGAGAGAGCUCUGGAGCUGUUCUGUAGAGAUGAUCAGACGUGUGUGUGUCAGUUCUGUACUGAGACAGACCACAAGAAUCACAACACUGUUCCUAUAGAGGAGGCAAAUGAUGAAUUGAAGGCUUGCUUGAUGAAAACUCAAACAAAAGUACAACAAAUGAUCCAGAAUAGGUUAGAGAAGACUGAAGAGAUUGAGCGUUCGCUGCAGAUCAACAAAAAUAGUCAGGCUGAGCUGCUGGAGGUGAUGGAGGAGAAGCAGAAAGCAGCAGAGAGGCAGGCUGAAGGACUCAUUAAAGAGCUGAAGCAGGAAAUCAGUGUGCUAAAGAGGAGAGCCACUGAGCUGGAGCAGCUCUCACACACUGAGGAGCAACUCCACCUCCAACAGAUUUACUCCUCCAUGUGCAGCCCUCCACACACCAAGAACUGGACUGGGAUCAGCAUUAACACUUAUCUGAGUAGGAAGACCCUGAGAAAAUCUCUGUCUGAUCUUCACAAAGAGCUCAACAAUGAAAUGAAUAAAGAAAAGCAAAAAUUAAAUUUAUACUGGAUACUGCUGUUUCUUGUACUGCUACUAGUGCCUGUCCUCAUAUCAGCGACUAAAGCAUUCUGGAUUCGGGUUUAUGCAGUGGAUGUAACACUGGAUCCUGAUACAGCAUAUCCGUAUCUCAUCUUGUCUGAGGACGGAAAACAAGUGAGGACCGGACAACACUCGUGGAAAAUUGUCCCAUACAGCCAAAAAAGAUUUAUUUACGAUCCAUAUGUUUUAGCAAAACAGGGUUUUAACUCUGGGAGAUUUUAUUAUGAGGUGCAGAUCAGGGGGAAAACUGAGUGGGAUUUAGGAGUAGCCAGAGUGUCUAUUAGCAGGCACUGGGAGUUUUUUCCGAAGCACAAUGAUAGGACCUGCGCUAUGAUUAAAAGGAAUGGCAAGGAUUACCAGGCUUGUGCUGGCUCAUGUGUCGGCCUGCCUCGGGGAGAGGAAGUGGAGGUGGUGGGUGUGUUUGUGGAUUAUGAGGAGGGUUUGGUCUCCUUUUAUGAUGCUAAGGCCAGGUCUCUUAUCUACUCUAUAACUGGUCAGUCUUUCACUGAGAAACUCUAUCCAUUCUUCAGUCCAGGUUUAAAUUUCAACUAUGAAAACUCAGCACCAAUGAUCAUCUCUGAAGUACAUGAGUACUUGAUUUUACUGAGACAAUUUUUCUCCAAUGCAACAAAAUGGCAAUGGCUUCAAAGCCCAUGUUUGUUUGGAUUUGUGUUAAUAACUUUUUUUUUCCGCCUGUUCAAAAGCAUGUGGAAGCUGUAGAUAACAAAGGUUGACAGUUUCUCUCUCUCUGCAUUGAAAAAUUGAAUGCAGUGCCUGUGCUGGAAUCUGCUAGUACCAGAGAAGUGCAUUGGUGUAUUUUUGCAAAACAGUGUGUUAAUGGAUUUUCUACAGAUAACUAGCUGUAUAGUGCUUAGUAUUUACUUAUUGUUUGGGGCUUUCUUUUUACAGAAAGCAGCCAAUUAGUUUUGUACCAGUUAGUAAACAGUUAGAUGUGUCUUUGAUAUGCAGCAGGAUCACAGUAAUGUUAGUCCAUUUAUGAAUUCAUAACCAUAAGAGAGAGAGAGAUUAUUAUACAUAUGUGAAAAAGAACAUGUAGUGUAAUAAAACUAAAAACUAAAAUUUUUGAUAGAAACAAGAGCUAAGAGCAGGAUAAUCAAACACAGAAUGCUGCCGUUACUUUAUACUAUCAGCUCAUGUUUCAGGCCCAAUUAUCCCAAUUAUAAAAUACAUCACAAUCCUCUGUAACUGAUAAUAUAUUCUACCUGCUUAUUCCAUUUACCUGCCAACUACACAAACUUUAAACUGGACUGACUUGCUGCAUUUUGUGUAUUAAGGCCAAACCCUUGAUAAGAUGUUUUCAUACCUGUAGUGAUGUAUCUCAGGGGCGCCCCGAGGGGUGGCCAGUGGUGGCCACG